AUGAAGGGUGAGAUGAGUAACAAGAAGUAUAGGAAGGAAGAGAUAUUCAUGAGGGUUGAUGAAAAGCAGGUCGAAUGCAUGAGAGAAGCAAUAAGUCUCAUGGUUCCUGCAGUGGUGUAUGGAGAGGUUGGAAGGAGUUUUCUUGUAUCCAGGAUGCACCGAGAGAUUGUUGGAGAGAAGGGAAGUUUAGUAGAGAUUGAUUCAAGAGAGAUAUGCGACUCGAGGGUUUUGGGAGGAUUCUAUGGAGUUAAGGAUGGAAAUGUGGAGUAUGUGAGAGGAAUGCUUGCGGAAUCGAUGCUAAGGGGAGACUGGGUGUUGUUUAAAAGAAUUGAUAAGAAUAACGGGCUGUAUCAGUAUUUGAGCACAGUGUUGAAGUACAGAAAAUUGCUAUGCAGCGAUGGAACGGAGAUAUGCGCACACAACGAGUUUAGAGUGUUAUUUACUUCUUAUGACAAGAUUUGCAUUGAUGAGGCAGUGUGUGUAGGGCCUGUACUGUUUGUGUUUGAAGAUGCUAUGAGGAUGUUUGAGUCUGAAUGUGUCCGACGGCUUCUUUGCAAAGCUUUUGAAGGCAUAGGCACGAAUACGAAUGGCUGGAAGUGUGGUGUGGAUAAGGGCAUGGAAUGCUUUGAAAGCUGCAGUAAGGUUGCAUGCAAGAACGGAGGAUGGUGUUUGAAGGAAGGAUCAAAUGUUUGCAAGAUGCAUUUUAUAUCGUUGAUUAGGAUGAGGAAGAGAUUGAAGGAUGUAUGUGGAACCAGUAUUGAUGAGAGGGUUAUGAUGUAUCAAACGAUAUGCAAUGUGUUGCUAAAGCACGAGUCGAAUUCUUUGCGCUGUGCACUUGUUUUGUCUGUGGUUCCUGAUGUAGUGUUACAUGGAAACGAGCUUGCAAAGACAAGGAGUGUGGAGUGGGGGCUUUUCAACAUUGUUUGGAAUGUGCGUAAUAACGACCAUACGCUGUUGAUUGGAGACACUGGGGUUGGAAAGACAUCGAUGGUUGAGUAUUUGAGCCAGAAGUCACGUUUUUUUGUUGGGAUGCCGAGCAAGCUCAGGGUGGUGAACAUGUCUGCGGAUUUUGAUGGGAUGGAGCUGAUUGGGGGGUAUGGAACACUGAAUGUGGAGCGGGCGAUUGAGGAGAUUGCUAAGGAUGUUGGAAGAAAUGCACCUUUAGAAGGCAGUAACAAAGACAAGCUGGAAUUUUUGAGGAGAUCUGAGCUAAUGAAAGCUGAUGCAUCUGAGAAGAUUAUUGCAAGGAUUGACAGUGUAUUGAAUGUAGUGGAGAAGAAGGUGUAUUUUGUUUACAAAGAGGGAUUGCUAACUGAGUGCAUGAUGAAGGGAGAAUGGUUAUUGCUAGACGAGAUAAAUCUUUGCUCUGAAGAGACGCUAGACCUGAUAGAUGGUGUUCUGGAGAAGAAGCGGAUAUUUUUGUACGAGAGCGGAGACUUGAAGUCAUUUGAAAUCCAUCCUGACUUCAUGCUGUUUGCAUGCAUGAAUCCUGGAGGAGACUUUGGGAAGAAGCGGUAUGAAGGGCAAGGAUUCAAUGUUGUUUAUGUGCAUGACUUUAGCACAUCAGCAAGGGAUGUGGAGCUGGUUGCACACUCUAUACUGAAAGGAGUGGUUAAUGAAGAAAGCAGGAGGAAGGUGUGUGAGUUUUUUUUGGAACUGAAGGAUAAGGUUCGAAGGGGAGAGAUUCGGAAUGAGAUUGAGCCAUUGAUAAGCGGAAGGACAUUUGUAAGGGUGUUGCGGUUUAUUAAAGGAAGAAUGAAUGGGGGCGUUGAGAGUACGAUUUACGAUGCAUAUGAGUUGUUUGUAUUUACUCAGUUUGACUUUGUCAGUAGGAUGAUUGCGGUGACGAUGUUUUCGAAGCACUUUGGUGAACGACGAGAGGAGGGCUGGAAAACGAAGGUGAAGGAUGGGUUUGUUUUAACGCCAAGGAUACAAAUGUGUGUGCGGACGAUGAAGCUGGGGAUUGAAUGUGGAGUUGCAUUGCUAUUGCAGGGAGAUACGUCGACUGGAAAGACAAGCAUGGUGAUGCACCUGGCAAAGGAGAUUGGAAGGAGGGUGAUAAGGAUCAACAAUCAUGAGCAUACAGAAGCAUCUGAUUACAUUGGAGGAUAUUCGUCUACGACAGAAGGAGUUAAGUUUAGGGACGGGGUUCUUGUACAGGCGAUGCGAAGAGGAGAUUGGGUGAUUCUUGACGAAUUGAAUCUUGCGCCUAGUGAGGUUUUGGAGAUAUUGAACAGGCUUCUUGAUGACAACAGGCAGAUAUAUGUUCCGGAGACGGAUGAGGUUGUUUAUCCGCACAGGGAUUUUCGGAUAUUUGCGACGCAGAAUGUGGGGUAUGGAGGCAGGAAAGGAUUGAGCAAAGCAUUUAGGAACAGAUUUGUAGAGCUAUUUUUUCGAGAAACGGGGGAUGAAGAGGUGCUUGAGAUUGUACAUGGAGCAUCGGGGCUUCCUAUGAGCUUCUGCAGGAAGAUGCUUGCGGUGUAUAGUGGGCUGAAGACGAAGAGAAGCAUCAAUGUGCUGAUAACGCUUAGAGAGCUGUUCAGAUGGGCAUGCAGGGGGCCUGGAAGUGCUGAGGAUGUUUGUUUUUUGGGGAUGAGCAUGAUACAUGAGAGACAGAGAGGCGCUGAGGAUAAGAGAAGAGUGCAAGAAAUUUUUAUUGAGAGCUUUGGAGUGAGAAGCGUGGAGAGGUAUUUGAGGAUGAUUGAUGGAGAAGUCGAUGGAAACGACUCUGAAGGCGAUUUUCUUGAGUGUGGAGUAUGCAGUUUGAGGACUUUUUGUUUGAUAGAGAAACGGUGUGAAAAAAGGUUUGUGCUUACGAAGUCGUUUAGGAGGCUUGUGAAUCUUGUUGUUUUGGGAUUGAAAAGCAAGGAGCCUGUGCUGAUUGUUGGCGAGACAGGGAUAGGAAAGACGAAGGUAUGUGAUAUAGUGAGCGAGCUGUUUGGCAGGGAUCUGCGAACGCUUAGUAUGCAUGGAGGAGUGGAAAGCUCCGACUUUCUUGGAAGCUUUGCGUUUGAGGAGUCGAAGAUUGUAUGGAGGGACGGGCCACUUGUGAAAGCAAUGAAGAAUGGAGAUGUAUUUUUGAUUGAUGAGAUAAAUCUUGCAGAGGAUUCUGUUCUUGAGAGGUUGAAUAGUUUGCUAGAACCACAUCGAAUGAUAUACAUAGCAGAGACUGGGGAAGAGGUAGUUGCACACGAGAAUUUCAUGAUGCUUGCAACGAUGAAUCCUGGAGGAGACUUUGGAAAGAGAGAGUUGAGUCCGGCGCUGAGGAAUAGGUUUACGGAGAUAUACUUUGAGAUUCAAAGAGACGAGGUGAUUGAUGUGUUUGAUAGGAUGAUUGAGGUCAGGCUCGGAGAGGAGUCAGGGAUGGGGAUGCAAGAGAUGGAAGAGUUCAAACGGUUGGGACGGAGAGUGGAAGUGUCAGUAAGGAAGCUUGAAUUGAUGAUUGACUUUAUAUGUAGAAGAUAUGCUGGCAAGUCUGGAUGUGUGAUAUGCAAGGGCGAAUUUGAUGCUGGAGAGGUAUGGAAUGAGGCGUUGGAGAUUGUUGGGGAGAAGGCCAUGGCGGAAGUGAAAGCGGAGUAUGUGGAGCAUUCGGGGAUGUUUGGGGUGUACCCGUAUUUUUUGCAGGAUGUUUUGCCGAGUGUGUUUGAUUUUGAAUCGCCCACAUCGGCGGUGAAUCUGAAGAGGAUUCUUAGAGCGAUGAGUCUUGGAAGGGGAAUUAUGCUUGAAGGAGAACCUGGAAUAGGAAAAACGAGCAUUGUCCAGGCGAUUGCAAGGAGGAUGGGAAGAAGAAGCAUCCGGAUAAAUCUUAGUGAGCAUACGGAGCUGAGCGACUUAGUGGGAAGUUACAUUCCGGUUGGCGGACAGAUUAAGUUUGUUGAAAGCGAACUUCUUGAGGUGUUAAGGGAGGGAGGAGUUGUGAUUUUUGAUGAGAUCAAUUUGUGCACGCAGAGUGUGAUAGAAGGGAUGAACUCUGUGCUUGACUAUCGACGAAAGCUGUUUAUACCCGAGGUGGUUGUUGAUGUGAAUGAGAAGGCGUUUAUUUUUGCAACGCUGAAUCCUCAUACGAGUAGGAAUGGGCGUAAGGUGCUUCCAAAGAGUUUUCUGGACCGAUUUAUCAGGAUUGGAAUGGACAUAUAUGGGCCAGGAGAUGUUGAGCAUAUUAUGCACAGGAUGUAUGCAAAGCCUGUGAUAAUGAAAGAGUUGAGUCUUAGGGAGAAUAUUAGGAUGAACAAGAUGGGGAUUUUUGAAGAGAGAGAAGUGGAGUAUGUGAUGGAUGAGAGGAGUAUAAGAGUUGGAUCUGUGACGGUUAAUAGAAAGGAUUGCAAGAAUGCCGAUGUAAUGCUUGAGGGAAAAGGCGAAGUACUGAAAGCAAGCAGGGGAUUUGUGAUGAUACAUUCUCAGCUUGAACAGAUUGAAAAGAUUAUGAAAUGUGUUGAGAUGAGCAUUCCAGUAGUGCUAUCUGGGGGAGUAGAGACAGAUUCGUUGCUUUAUUUUAUAUCGUGGAUGUAUGAGAUAGAUGUGGUGAUGUUUAGUUGUCAUAAGGAUACUGAUGUAUGCGAUCUUCUUGGGCAGUAUCAGAAGAAGGAAGAUGGGAUGUUUGAGUGGAGCGAUUCUGUGGUGGUUAAGGGGGUACGUGAUGGGAAGAUGGUUAUUUUUUCUGGAGUUGAGCAUGUGGACAAGUCUGUUUUUGAUCGAUUGAAUUCGCUUUUUGAGUCUGAGCGAAUGCUGAAUGUGUAUGAGAAGGGGAUUGACACAGAUGUGGCGGUGAGUGCAUUGACAAAGCUUGUUAUAGUGACCAAGGAUGCAGAAGGGCUUUCGCCGGCGCUUCUUGAUAGAUGUAUGCAUGUGAAGCUGAGCAAUGAGCUGGAUUAUAUUGAUGUGUGGAAGUUGUUUAUGAGGUCGCAGGCGGGAGCGGGAUUGGAGAAGAUAAUGUAUAAGGACUUUGAAGGAGUUGGGAUAGAGAAAGUGGAAUGUGAUGUAAGGCUUGACCUGCGACGGUUUUGGCUUCUAGGAAGAUGGCCAAAGGUUCUGAGCAGGUGUAUUCGCGGGAUAUUUAACACGAUUGAUGAGAAUGAGAUACAGGAGAUGUUUAGGUAUGAAGAGAAGCAUAUAGAAGAGAGACGAGUGGAUAUGCUUGGGAUUGAGUUUUACAAGAAGAUUGGAUUUGAAGUUUGUAGGCCAUGCAAUGACGAAGAGAGGACGAAUCUAUUGAGAGAGAUGAAUGGAGAGCGAAGUGAAAUGCGAAGGAUGGUGAUGUUUAUCAAAUCGGCUGAUUUUUGUGUUUUGAAGAGACUGCGACGAGGAGAGGGAUGCAGCUUGAAUUUUGCCAGAUGCGUGAGUGAUUUGAAGAUGAAGAUAAUCGGCACGCUUGGGAGUAGGAAGUUUAGUGACUAUGAGCGGAUGAAGAAGAUUUCGAAGUGUCUUUCUGGUGUUCAAGAGGUUGGAAUUGGAGGAGUUGAAUUUGAUGACUUUUUCAUGGAGCUAAUUGAAGAGGGGAGAGACGAUCCGCUACGAAUGUUAAGGAACGAGCUUGUCUGCAAUAUGAAUGCAUUUGAGAACCGAAGUAUGAAGGAGAUUCAUGACAUGGCGAUGUGUAUGUAUAAGUAUGGUAGAGGAAGUGUUGGUGAGCUGAUCAGGAGAUAUGAGGAGGGUGUUGUGGAAUACAAGAUGAAGAUUGAAGCGAUUGAAUGCCGAAUGAAAAGGGACUAUGCUAGGUUUACAAAAGAAGUGAGAAUGAUUGACUUUUGUUCGUAUAUGUGUGGAGACAGGAAAUACUAUGAUGAGUUUGCGGAUGUUUUUGAUUACUAUUUGGUACAUCUGUUUGGAAGAUGGAUUGAGGGAGAUGGAUGUUCUGGGAUGUGCAAGAUGAGGAGAUGCAAUGAAGAAGUGGAUGGCAGUGGAUAUGAAAAUGAAGAGAGUGUCAUGUACAGUACGCUAUGCCUGAACCUGCUUGAGAGUGGGCCUAAGAUUAUUGAUUGUCUCAGAUUUAUUGAUUGUAAGCAGUUAAAGGAUGAGUUUUCGAGAUACUUGUACGGUUUGUAUUAUGGGAGGCCUGUAAGCCGAAAAGACCUAGUUUUUGAAAGCAUUGUGUUUGAUGUGCCAGUGAGUGUUUGCAAGAAGGACUGGAUUGAUUUUGGACUGAAGUUUAGUGAGGAGGAUCUGAAUGAAUGCUUGAGGGGGAUGUUUGAUGUUGAGAUGCGUGCAAGGGUUAUAGAAGAGUUCAGGGGAAGAGUUGUGGUUCAUGAGAGCUUGGUGAAGAUGAUGAGUAAGGAUAUGCUAGACAUGGGGAUUUUUACAAAGAUUGAAGACAUUAUGGAGCAUGUAGAAAAUAAGGUUGAACUGAGAAAGAAGUGCCUGGUCAGUAAGGACAAGCUUGGUGUGUGCACUGCUAGCGAUGAUGAGUAUAGUGAGAAUUUGAUUAUUAUUGGAGCUGAGCAAGAUGAGUGUAAUGCAGAAGAAGAGCAGGAUGAGUUGGUGCAUAGAAGGCUUGAAAUGCUUUACAAGGAUUUAGGUGUGUGCGAGGUUGAGAGGAACUACAGGUACUUCUUGUAUUUGGUUACGACUUCUUUUACUCUUGAAGAGUUUGAGAGGUAUUUUUUUGAUUGCUGUGUGUAUGAGCAUGUCGAGAGGAUUAGGCAUGCACGAGAAUUUGCAAUUAAAAGCAAGAGCCCGAUGGUAUACAAUGCGACGUUAAAGUAUGUAGGAUUUGAGAUUGAAAAGAUGUAUGAUGCAAGAAUCAGAAGCGCAAAGAGCAAGCUCCGAAAGGAUCCUGGACUGUAUAAGAAAACCCUGGCCGAGUUAAGAAGGUUUCUUGUUUUACCUGUUACGAAUGUAUUGAAGCUUGAGUUUAAGGAGCCUGAUCCUGUGUGCCAGGAACAUCAUCCUGGUAGGCAGGCGUUUAUUUUGAAGGAUAGAGGAGAGUGUGAAUGCAAAGACUGGAUAGAGCUAUCGAAAAAGUUUGAUAGAAGAGAGAUUGCAAGAGGAGUUGCAGGAAUAGUGGCUAAGAAGAAUGAGGUGAUUGAGAUGUUUUUUGGAAGGAUGCCUACAGACAUGUUUUCGUAUUCGGAAGUAUGCCUAGGAAAGGUGAUUAGCCAAAUGGUUGACGAUGCGAGUGUUUUGAGUUUGAUGCGGAUGGGGAUAGAGCAUCCAUAUGUACCUUUUUUGUACUUUGUGUUUAAUUUCUGCCGUGAUGCGAGUGAGGUUGAGGAAGUAGGAGAAGGGAUGGAAGCGGGGCAAGGCAAUGUGAAUGUCAGCGAGCAGGUGAAGCAUGAAGAUGAGAUUGAGGAUGACUAUGGAGAUCAGGAGAUGGUGAGUGAGAGCGAUGGGAUUGAUUUUGACAAUGAUGGGAAUGCAUCUACGGUGAGCGAUGUUUCCGAAGAGUGUGACAGUGGGGUAGAUGGAAGCAAUGAGGAUGAGAAAGAUGAAGAGGAAGAGGAAGAAAAUGAGAGCGAUAAUACUGAGGAAGAGGAAGUGGAUAAUAAAAUGGAGAUAGAAGAGGAGGGAUAUGGAAGCGAAGGGUCUGAAGAUGAAGGAAUCGAGAUGCCAUGCGAGUCAUUAUUGGAGGAAGAUAUAAGUGAGAAUAAUAAUGAAAGUGAAAGCAGUGAUAUAGAGAAUGAUGAGGAAGAGGAAGAAGAGCAAGAAUGUGGUGAGGAUGAUGAGGAGAAUGAGGAUGAUGAGAAGAAUGUUAAGAUGAAUGAGUAUAGAUAUGAAGAGUCGAAAGUAAAUAGUAACCAGACAUGUGAUAAGGCAGAGAAUUAUGAGCGAUAUGUGUAUGGAGGCAAUCGAAAUGAUAAGGCACUGUGUGAAGGAGAAGGACAGGAGAAGAUAUGCGGAGAUUCUGAAUCAGGAGAGGGAGAAGCGGUGGAAGCAACAGUAAGAAUAAUGAUGAAGGAUGAGGAUUGCAGCAGAUUAACGAAUAUGCUGAAGAUGGUCAUUGAAGCAAACAAGAGCAAUAAGUAUAAAGGAGAUUUCAAAAGUGGAAAGAAGUUGAAUAUGAAGAGGCUGGUUCCUUAUAUUGCAAGUGGGUUUAGAAGAGAUAGAAUAUGGAUGAAGAGGCAAAAGAGUGAGAAGAGGGAGUAUGUGCUUCGCUUGUUUGUUGACAAUAGCAAAAGCAUGUAUAACCAAGAAAUGGUUGAUAUGCUUCUGAGUUUGUAUUCGAAGAUAAGUAAAUCGUUCUCUAUUCUUGGUAUUCCUGUUGAGGUAUACAAGUUUGGAAAUAGCCUGGAGAGAUGUGAGGUGAAGAACAUGAAGUUUAAUGAAUCUCAGACAAGGAUUGAAUGGAUUGAAGAGUUUGGAGAUGGAAUCAAUGUGAUCCUUACGGAUGGAUUGUUCCAGAAUGUUGGGAAGCAUCGCCCGAACUUUUUAGUUCUAUUAAUAGACAAGUGCAAUGUGAGAAAGAUGUCGAAGGUAAUGGUUUCUGAAGGAUCAGUAUUUGUCCAGAAGUAUUUAGAUGUGUUUCCACUGAAGUAUUGUGUUAUUGGGAGAAUUGAAGAACUCGAGUCGACAUUUGUGAUGGCACUUGGCGAGAUGCUCAAUCUAUUACAAUAA